CGCCGCGGCAGCAUGGCCCGACCGGUGCAACUGGCGCCGGGCUCUCUGGCGCUGGUGCUCUGCAGGCUGGAGGCGCCGGAGGCGGCGACGGGCGCUGAAGAGUCCGGCGGGCACGCCGUGUUCCGCGCCUUCCGUCGCGCUAACGCGCGCUGCUUCUGGAACUCGCGGCUGGCGCGCGCCGCCUCGCGGCUGGCCUUCCAGGGCUGGCUCCGGCGCGGGGUGCUGCUGGUGCACGCGCCUCCCGCCAGCCUGCAGGUGCUGCGCGACGCCUGGUGCCGCCGGGCGCUGCGCCCGCCGCGCGGCUUCCGCAUCCGGGCGGUGGGUGAUGUCUUUCCGGUGCAAAUGAAUCCAAUAGCUCAAUCUCAGUUUAUACCUUUGGCUGAAGUUCUUUGCUGUGCAGUAUCCGAUAUGAAUGCAGCUCAGAUUGUGGUAACACAGGAGACACUCUUGGAACAUCUGAUGAAACAUUACCCAGGCACUGCAAUUCCAUCUCAAGAUAUUCUCUAUACUACUCUGGGAAGUCUGAUUAAAGAAAGGAAGAUUUAUCAUACUGGAGAAGGAUAUUUCAUAGUUACUCCUCAGACUUACUUCAUCACAAGUGCAACCCCCAAAGAAAAUAAGACAGUCCUAUCAGAUGAAAGCCCCCGGAUGCCAACUUCCAUCACAUACUUGGUGAACGUGGAGAGCUGUGCAGAGUUUGCCAAAGGAAAUGCAGCCCCCAUUUCCCACUGUCACUCUUGCCGCUGUUUCCCUGAUGUGUGCACUCAGGGUGCACAGGAACCACCGGCUGCUGCAGAAGUGACUAGCAAAGGCCAGAAAGGUUUUGGAGAAUCCAAAUCUUUGGUACAGAAUCGAGCAGUUUCAGUGUCUGAGGAGAAUCAGGUCUGUGAAAGCGCCAAACCUUUGGCACACAGAAAAGACAGGGAAAAAGUCAAGAAGUUUGGCUUUAGCCUCUUCUGGCGCAGUAUAUCCAGAAAGGAGAAGUCUAGAACGGAGUACAGCAGUUUCUCUGCUCAGUUCCCACCAGAAGAGUGGCCUGUCCGAGAUGAAGAUAACUUGGACAAUAUCCCUCGAGACAUUGAACAUGAGAUAAUCAAACGAAUCAAUCCCAUUCUGACCGUUGACAACUUAACCAAACAUACUGUCCUAAUGCAAAAAUACGAAGAGCAGAAGAAAUAUAACAGCCAGGGCACUUCCACGGGUAUGCUGUCAGUUGGGCAUAAGUAUCUUUCAAAAGUGGGAAUUAAGAAAAGGCAGGGCCGGUCUAUAAAGCCUCGAAGGCAGGGCCAGUCUCAUAGGGAAAGACACAAAACCAGGAGUCAGCGAAGUGGGCCGCAACCAGGAAGCAUUAGACGGGAGAAAUACCCCAAGCUCCCGGCUACACAGCCCAUCCCCAGAAUUAAAAGCCCAAAUGAAGCAGUAGUUCAGACACCACUUGAUGAGAAUCCAUUAGUGCUAGGUUCUCAUUUGUUUUACAAAAAGCAAAUCAGUAAUCCUUUCCAGGGUUUGUCUCACCGAGGGAUCCCUAUAACCAAAGGGUACAACAUCCAGAAGACUAGUGAUCUGAAACCCAGUCAGAUUGCACCAAAGGGAAAGCCUUUCCAAAGGUCAGGGUCUUUGGAUUCAAGAAUCUUUGAGAAUGAAGCCAGACAGCCAUGUGCUGAACAGUGUAAUGAUAAAUUGAGAGCAGAAUCCAUUUGUAUGACUAACUUUACUGUCAAACCUAUCAGCGAUGACUUUAGAGAUCCCCUCUUAAAUUGCUGUCAAUGUAGUGUUUUGCAAAAUGAUAGUAAAUGCUGUUCCUUCAGGGAAAGAAUGUUGAGAUAUGAUGUGUAUGGUGGAGAAAACAAGGCAAUCCCUGAAGUCUUGAGGAAAAGUUAUUCCCACUUUGACACAUUAGAAGAGACAAAAGAAACACAGCAUGUCCUGCCACCACGAGGCUCCUCUUCCUUAGACCAAGCAUUCUCUGCUUGUAGAUUAGUUGAUAAAACAAUACACCAGUUCCAAAACCUUGGUCUUUUAGAUUACCCGAUUGUUGCGAACCAUUUGAGACAACCCGAGAGACAAGACAGAGACUCAGAGGAAAGUGUAAUGAAAAAGGUAUUUGUCCAGGAAGCAGAGACUGUGAGUCCAGAAAAUGAAGGGCUUUCUGAUGAUGACCAGGUCUUGUAUCAGAAGGAAGUGGAAGAUGAUGAUGGGGCCUGCAGUUCCUUAUAUCUAGAUGAGGAUGACUUUUCUGAGAAUGACAACUUAAUUCAAAUGCUGCCUGGCCACAUUCAGUAUCCCUUUACAGGGGGAAGCAAGUGGAAUCACUUAGGGAAACAAAAGGUGACUGAAAGGUCUCUGACUGGGUACAUUAGCAAUGUAGGUAGGUCUGAGCCUCAUGCGCUUGAAGGAAAUGAACAUUACAAACCCACUGGGUUGCUCACUAACCCAGGUGAAGGCCAAAAACCUAAUCUCUCUGCUGAAAGCUGUGUCUUCAGUUCAGGGACCCAGUCUGGUUUUAACUAUGAAGAGGAACUCAGUGUAGCUAAAUGUGUACAGGCUUCAUCACCUGCCGAUGGAAGUGUAUUUGAUUACUGCAACACAAGGAAAGCUGCUUCUGAGGCUGAAACUCUCCAAGACUGUCUUGGUGACACAGGAAAGAAGCCAGCUAGCUGGAGUCAGAGUGCUCAGAAUCAGGAAAUGAGAAAACAGUUCACACAAAAGUUAGAACUUUUCAACACUUCACAUAUGUCCGUGUUGGCUCAGGAGAUCCAAAAUGAACUCAGUCACUUGGAAGGAACAGAAAAUCAUAGCAUGGCAGGAGAUAGUGGAAUAGAUUCUCCACGGACACAGAGUCUGAUAUCUAGUAAUUCAGUCAUUUUGGAUGGACUACAAAGAAGACAGAAUUUUCUGCAGAACUUCAAGAGCACAAAGAGCAGUCAAACUCUCACAUCCAAUUCUUUACUACAACUGACUCCAGUCAUAAAUGUCUAAUUCUUAUUUUUCUUUUGGAAUUUUUUUUUUUUGUAAAAAUUUACAGCAUUAAUAUAGAAUGUUUUGAGGAGAGGCGAGCUUCGUGGUCCUACCACCCCGCCAUCUUGACCUGAAAUCUCCAGAAUGUUUUGAGUAUGUAAGAAUUCUAAAGUAAGCAUUGUUACUAACCUCAUUACAGAUUUUGUUGUGGUUACGGGCUUUUUUCUUUUUUGACAUUGACUUUUUAAAGUUACCUUACUAUAAAUUGGGAAUAUAUAGAUUGUUUACAUUUUAAAAACCUAUGGAAUCAUUGGUCUUCUUCAAUUAAAUGUAAUUAACUUGAAUCAUCAUUCAUUAGUUUCUCAAAUAUUUAGGAUGUUAAUUUACUACCCAGUAGUGAAUUUCUGUCUCCAUAUCAACACUGAGUUCUUAUGGUAAGUGGAGCUCACCAAAUUUCAACAUAAACCCCCAGAAAAUAGUGUUUUAGUGUUGCAUAGUUACUUUGCUUGCAACUGAAGUCUUUUAUCAUCAGAAAGAAAGAAUUUAUAGAGAUGUGUUGGGUACUUUGCAAGAAGAAUUCUUUCGAUCCAAUCAUUGCUGUCAAAGAUCUUCUUUGUGACCAGCUUGGACAUGAACAAAUGUCUCCACGCUGUAAUUAACAGUGUCCUAAAUACCUAUGGCAGUAGGCAUAUGGCUCAACUUUUUCUCUGUUUCCUCUCAUGUGAGACUCUACAUAGCACGAUAUUGAGAAGUCAGGAUGGUGAUUAUCUCAGUGGCGGAGAUAGAGGGGAAGCAGAAUGGCUGCGAAUGUCAUGUGAGUGAAAGGAAGAGAUUUAGAGGAAUGAUGGGAGAUGGCUGAGAGAUAAUUCAUCUAUAUUUGAUCCAUUUGUGUUCAUGAUAAGACCUACAUAGCCUUGCCAGAACUUUUUCUGGCAGGCCUUUUCAGACCAAGUAGUGGAAUGGUCAUUUCUCUUGGGUUUGGGAAACAUGGAGCAGUCAAGACUGGUUUCAGCAUAUCACAUAGUAUAAUUACACCAGCUCGGUAAUACAACCUUAUCAUAUGCUGGUGUGACAUUGUUAAGCUCCAUUUGUAUCUUAUUCAUAGAUUAGAAGAAUGAUCAUGAAUCAAUUUUUUAUAAUUACUAAAUGCAAUUUAGCAGGCAGAAUGUUUCAAAGAGUCAGAUCCAUGAGGAAAAAAUAGUGGAAAGAGCCCCAGCAGUGAAAAAUUUGGGAUCAACUGCAUUUUGAGAACGCAUCCUACAGCUACCCACCCCCCCCCAGAAGGCUUUUAAGGAACAGGGAAGACAGGCUAAUGCUUAAAGUAAGUGAGAAAGAGAGACAUGAGAGUCAUGAAAUAAGAAUGGGAAUAUAUCAAUUAACAAAAAAGGGAGUAUAUGAAACAAGCUCUACACUAUUUCACUGGCUUCUACAGACAUUUCUCCCGUUUGAAACCUUAGAAGCAUGGUCCCCUUUUUCGCAGUAGUGGAUUCCAUUUCUUGUAUCACGGUGCCCUCUUGUGGAGUAACUGAUAUGACUACUCCCUUCCACCACUUGGUUCAAAACAUCUACAAAGUAAUUCACUAAAGAAGCCGACCUCCCUCCAAAGGUUAAACAUCUAAGAUCUUUCUCAAAUAAUUUGAAUCAGGAGCUAGAUACAUAAGUAUACAUGUGUUAAAUGUGUUCAAAGCUGUCUCCUCUCCAACACUGUCAAAACUAGGAGCUAAAGGUAGAUAUAUAAGCACUUCUGUACAUCAAUCUCUGUAGUACUGUUAUAUCAACUGAUCCUCCCAACUUCCCUGAACUAUCAGCAAGUAUUUUUCCCCCACUUCACUAAGAAAAAAAAGAUUUUAGAGUUUAGUUGGUGAAGGUCAUGUGGCAGAAACUUCCCCUGUUCCCAUUUUCACUUACUGCUACUAUACUCUCAAUACUCACUCCCUGCCUCCAGUAUCUCUUGAUCAAUUUAUAGUUGCCCCCUAAACUAUUUACAUAUUGUAACAUUUUAAUACGAUGGUUAAGUUCCUCUUGUCACAAAAGAUUGACAUGCUGAGGGAAAAUGAUGGCGCUUUUUAUCUUCUACUUUCUAAAUAUGAAAUAAAAAUUAAUAUCUAGUCCUCUUGGUUGGUGAAUGACCAGAGAGAGGCAAGUUGAUAGUCAUCUUGUUUUUAUAUCUUAAGGUCAUAGAGCUUAAUGAGCUAAAGCCAAAGAGAAGUCUUUAUAGAACCUUGCAACAGCACCCCAACCCUUAAAUUUUGAGAAAGAAAUUGUAUCAGUGACUCUGGCAAGAUAUUUGGAAAAUAAAGAUGUUCUAAUAAGAUAA